CCAGGCCAAACAUAUUUUUAGCAAAUUUCAUCGACAACCUCUAGCUACGCACGUAUCCGAACCGUGGCUAUCUUUCGUAUGACACAGCCAGUUCAUGCCCAGCUAGAUUCGGUGGAAUCGCUUUUGAACGAGCUCCCAUAUAUGUUUUAUUUGGGCCUGUUUUUUGUGAACGUCCUCAUCCUCUACUAUGCCUUUCUGAUGGAGUACAUAGUCCUGAAUGUGGGGAUAGUGUUUCUGCCCGAGGACAUGGACCAGGCUCUGGUGGACCUCGGGGUCCUGUCCGAUCCGGCCUCUGUACCCUAUGACACAGACACGGAGCUGGACGUGUUUGAGGGUUACCUGGAAUGACAGCACGGAGCAAACUGAGCCAUCUGCAGACUCCCUCUCAAUGAGACAAAGAAAAAGUUGUCUCCUCUGAAAAGAAAGGUAACCGGAGGAGGAAAUUCAACCCGGCUGACCACAUGAUCAGCAGCAGGAAGACUUUUCGCUACACCUUUGGCGCAGCAGAUCCUAGCUUUGGCUGCAGCAAAAGGAGAGUGAGCAAGCAAGUGGGGAAGAACAGUCAAUCUUUUUAUCUGAGAAGUGCAAAAUGUGUCUUAUGACAGGACACACACAGGAUGGCGGUUACAGCAAGCAAACUAAUGAGAACUUGUCACUUCCAUUACAGUCUCAUGAAACAUUUUUGAAAGAACUGGCAAAUCACCAAGAAGACUACAUUUCCCUGUAGGCAUGUUGCAUACAUCAUUGCGCUGAGAACAACUUUUGUACUUUUGUUUAGAACAAACUCCACAGCUGCUGUACGAGCACACUCAUCUUAAGGCUGAAAUGAAAAUGUAUCUUUUGAGGUUUUCCACAUUGAAUUUCAGCAUCAGAGAUGUGCCACUCUCUCAGGAGCAUAAAUUAACUAAUUCUGGUGGCACUGGCUGAAGGUAUAUUAUGGAGCUGCAUGAUGAAAGUAAUAUUUUUUUAC